UGUAAACAACACACACACACACACACACACACACACACCUAUCUAUCUACCUACCUACCUAUCUGCUUGUUCAUGAUACUGACAGGACACACGAGAAGAAUAGCCGAAUUUCAGGACAUGUCUUUUUCGCAUAAAGGGUCUUUAAUGUGAACAGCGCAAUGUCGAUGGAAGACCCGUUUUUUGUUGUGAAAGGGGAGGUCCAGAAGGCUGUGAACACUGCCCAGGGUCUGUAUCAGCGAUGGACCGAGCUGCUGCAGGAUCCUGGCAGUGCCACGAAGGAGGAGAUCGACUGGACCACCAAUGAGCUGAGGAACAGCUUGAGGUCUAUUGAGUGGGAUCUGGAGGACUUGGAUGAGACCAUUAGUAUUGUGGAAGCAAAUCCACGGAAGUUCAAUCUUGAUUCUGUGGAGCUGAACAAGCGGAAAGCUUUCAUCACCAGCACAAGGCAGACUGUCAAGGAGAUGAAAGAUCAAAUGGCAAGCCCAAUGGCCAUGUCCCAGUCUGACAAGAAAAGCAGGAAGACUCUGAUGGGAGAUGGAGGGUCUCGUGGACCGAUCUGGCAACCAGGAGGAGAUAAAUACACACGUCUGGACAGAGAACUGCAAUCAGCCAACUCUCAAUUGAUUGAGGAGCAACAAACUCAGCAGCAGUUCAUAGCCGAGCAGCAGGAUGAGCAGUUGGAGCUGGUGUCAGGGACCAUUGGCGUAUUGAAGAACAUGUCUGAACGGAUUGGACAAGAGCUGGACGAACAGGCAGUAAUGCUGGAUGAUUUUGGUCAUGAAAUCGACAACACCCAGUCCAGGUUGGAUAAUGUGAUGAAGAAGCUGGCUAAAGUUUCACACAUGACUAGUGACCGGCGACAAUGGUGUGCUAUUGGCAUUUUGUUGGCUAUCCUGUUCGUUGUGAUCCUCCUCCUCAUUGUUCUGUGAACAGCACUCGGUUCACAUCCACUACAGCUUUCUUCAUUCCAACCGAAGAAUUGACUAAACAAAGGUGCUUUAAGGAAAGGAAAUCGCCUUGUCUCCACUCAUUCAAUCAUACUCUUACCUGCUGAAUAUUGCGCUUUCUUCUGCCACUCCAAAAUGCUGCCUGUGUGGUACUUUAGCUUGUUUAGCUGUAAAUAUCUGUUCCGUUCUUGUUUUUUAACUGUUUUGGCAGAUCCUAAGCCCAAGGGGCUUAUAGUUGUGCUGUCUGCACCACUUACCUUUUCUGUAAGUGUGUUAGUACAAGAGGAAAAAGGAAGUCAAAUGAGAAUUGAGAUUAGUAUCCUGAGUCAGGGUAACACUUUAUCUUGCUACUUUUAACUUUUUGUGUCAUUAAUGCUUCAGAGUGAUUUACUGAAGUAAUAAUAGGCCUAUUUUUCACAUGAAAAUUCUAUGGCUAAUAUUUAAUCUCUUGCUUCCUGUCCUCUUUGUUAACUGGUUUAUCAUGUACACCUACUAUACAGGUGCUGAAAAUUUUCCAUCACCAAAAUAAUAUCAGCACUGACCCCUUUCUAAUGAUGGACACAGAAAAGGGGGCUGACAAAGUGUACAUAUAGAGUGGUGCAGGGAUGAUGUCAUUUUGUUUGCCAAAACCCGGAAACGAGUUAGCAUUUUAGCCCUUCCGGUUCCAUUGUCCUGAAGUCAGUGGGUUUUUUGAAUGGGAUUUUGGUUAAAAGCCUGAAAUAAGGUCUGUGGUGAACACAAGCUCAAACUAUUUUCACUUUUUAUUCUAUGACAUAAAAUACACCAGUAAUACCCCACUCAUGAUUUUUUUUAAAGCUUUUACGUAUUGAAAAAGGCGGUUGCUAACAAGUUGCUAAAUGGGACUACAGAUGUUUGUCGGGGACAUUAAACGUCAUCACGCCGAAGAGGAACAAACUUUGCAGACGAACUGCUUCAGGUAUGCAGUGCACAAUUCCCCAAAAAAUGUGGUUGAAGAUUCAUCCACAGAGUAAAUCCGUAUUAUGGAAAAUAUUAUCGGAAGGUCUGUGAUGGUGACGUUGAAGUCGAGCGAUCGUGGUAUAGUUUGUUUAUAGCAUACGGUUAGCUUUUUAUUUCUGACGAUUGUAAUUGUAAAAUGACAUCAUCCCUGCACCUCUCUAUUAACACAUGGAUUACAGUCAGCAAUUAUAUACAUACAGAGUUAUAUGGUGGCUCUAACUAAUAAAAUGUCCAGUAAGUGUAGGUACAGCAUAGAUGUAACUAAUAAUUAACAGCUCAAUGGUGAUUCUAAUGUUUAUUUCUAAUAAUUAUUGAUAACUAAUGAAGUUAAAGCUAUACUGAACACUGGGGUUUCUUGAUUUGAAACCAGUUUAUUUUCGAAGCAGCUAUUUGAUUAACAGGACUAAAGACAAGUUAACCACUUCCUAUAAUAUCACUUUCCAAAUGCUUAUGAUCUCUUUUGUCCUGUCUCAGCUUGUAGUAGAGAAUUUAUUUCAGGCUAAAUGAGACUAACUGAAUGAGCUUGACUGUAACCUAUUUAUAACGUACUUUGAGCAUGUUUGCUCGUGAGGUCAGUUGUAACUAAUAACGAGCUGCACAAUUAGAAGAUUCUGCAUAAACAUCAGUUUGCUUCAAGUGAUGCUGCAGACAUGUAGCUAUACAUCAUCUUGAUUUAAAAACACACCUGCUGGGCAUUUUCACCUGAACAGUUUUCUUAUCGCAUGGAUGUGCUUCAGCUUGAAGGCACUUGGUCCUGAUAGUGGAACAAUACAGUGGGAACACUGAUUCAUUUUUAAAAAAUUAAAUAAUAGUACAACAAAAUCAGUGAGAAAGGUUAAGACAGUUCAGGAACUACAUACAUGAAUAACAACUUUAUGGGUUAAAACACUACUUUAUGUUUAUUACUUCAUGUACCUCAGCAAAGCAGCCAUGCAGCUCUGACAAUAAAAUGAAAUGUAAAAAAAAAAAAAAAGUUUGCGGUUAAAACUGAAACCAGGCUUAAAUUCAGCUCAAUUUAUUCUACAUGGUAAAACUUUUACUGCUCAUUUCAGUUCUGUCUUUCUGACUUUAUAUAGUGUACUCAAACCAAACUGAUAGAUGAUAUAAACAUCUAAGAAAUAUAUAGGGAUUACUUUUAAGGAGAAAUAAGUAGCUAUUCCUACUACAAAUAAAUGAUUAAAAAAUAUAAUGACAUUGCAACUUUUUCCACUGCAACUACCAAACAUUUUACACCAGAAAAAUGAAACUGCUUUUUUUUUGGCCACCAGUUCUGUAACAAAAGUUCCAGUUAAUUUUAAAAUGUUUUAUUGGUGUAAAAGAGAAUCUACACAAUGAAUAUGAGACUGAACUUAGAGCUAAAUGAAUCACUUCACAAGUCAUUUAAUCAGUCAAAUAAACACAAAUCACCUCUUUACGUCACUGUCAAACACAACGAAAAACAGAAGGGUCUUCGUCUACACAACUAUGUAUCGGCCUUUGGCUGUCGGCUGGUACGAGUGUUGCAGGCCUAUGAGCUCUUCUUUGAUGAGCCGUGUGAUUUCUGCUUUUGCUUUCUGCACUGCCAACUCAUUUGCACUCUCGAUGGCGAGGUAAAUCUUGUGUUCUCCCUCUUUGGGUUCUUUCCCAGGAGGGAAGUAUGUCCCUCUGAUGGUGAUGGCAGCCUCUGAAUAUUCGCCAAUCGUCUGCAGAGCCUCUUUAGAUGUCACCUUCCACCUCACCGUCUGGGGGAAAAACGUUGAUCUCCAGCUCCUCUUCAUACCUCUUCACACUGUCUACCUGUUCAGCAUUCUGUCGCUCCUCCUCCAGUUUCUCGAUGGGUGUGUAAGUCAGCUUGGCGUUGAUUUUCUUUGCGAGCUGCUCAGCAAUGGUCUUAGCGGAGAUGGAGAGUGCGAUCAUGGUGCCACCCCUCAUGAUGGCGUUAGAGGCCUGUUGCAUUACGUCCUAAGCUUUUGCGCCGAGGUUUUCUGUGUGUUGAUCUUCAGUGCCAGUUUCUUGGCGAUUUCAAGUUUCUGAAUGUUUCCAGCUGAAGGUGCAGUGAGACCACCAAGUCCUGCAGCAAAAACGGUGAGUCCUGAACCUGACGGUACAGCACCCCCCGGAGUGGCCAAGUCCUUCACAUGCUUUUUAGAGUUAAACAUGCUUUCGAUCUGCUCAUCUAUAUCCAGUGCUGUGUCCUCGUCGUCUGACUCAUAAAGACCAAGCGCUGCUUUCUGCAGUUUCUUCCUUUCAUUAGCCAGAGCAUGUUCAGUCUCAUCGAACUUAAAGCCUUUCCCUGAAAACCCACUGCUGCUCUUAAUACUCUUCCCCUCCGCUUUCUGCUGCUCCUUGAAGGUCGCCCAAAGCUGCUCGAGUUCAGGAGGAACUGAGGACCCUAACAACUCCAGAGCUUUAAUGAUGUCACCUGCAUAUCGCACCUGAUCCUGAGUGAUAAACGUGUAUGCGUGGCCCUUAUUUCCAGCUCUGCCAGUCCUCCCGGCAUGGUGGACAUAGACCUCAUAAUGAUUGGGACAGUUGUAGUUCACCACUAGAAUGAGGUGCUUUACGUCCAGGCCUCUCGCUGCCACUGAUGUGGCCACAAUCAGCGGACACGCCCCGCUCUUAAAAUCAUUUAUUAUACUAUCCCGAUCAUACUGAUCGAUUCCUCCAUGCAGAGACAUGCGGGGGUACGAGGCCUUCAUCAAGUCUUUCAGUAAGCCGUUUGCGUGUUCCUGUUUAUCUACAAAAUAAUCACUGAGCCUUUCUCCUGAUAAUGACCCAAAAUCUCCAACAGCUUCAGGAACAACUUCUCCUCCUCAAUCACAAUCACAUGCUGCUCCACAUCUGAACACACCAUGCUCCUUCCCCCAACCUGAACCUUGAUUGGUUUGUUGAGGAUACGGCGAGCUAAAGCCUCCAUCACUCGAGGAAAUGUUGCUGAAAACAUCACUGUCUGACGAUCCGGCCGCACAUUAUCCAGUAUGUGCAUUACCUGCGGUUCAAAACCCAUAUCAAACAUUUGGUCAGCUUCAUCGACUCCGACAUAUGUGCCUCUGCGCAGGUUCGUGACUCGUCCACUGUUGGCUCUCAGCAUGUCGAUCUUUCUAUCAGGAGUACAGACAAUGAUUUCAGCUCCAUUUCUGCUAUCUGCUCGCUAAUGCCUGUUCCACCGUACACACACACCACUCUGAGCACCAGUGGAUUGGAGAACUUUUUACACUCUUUGGUGAUCUGCAGAGCGCGCUCACGUGUUGGCGUCAUGAUCAUCGCGAUAGACCACUCCCCCUCCUCCAGGGGGCAUUGGUCUAAAAUAUGGCGAAACAUUGGCAGCAGAAUUGCGAUGGUUUUCCCACUUCCUGUCUUGGCAAUACCGAUGAGGUCAUGUCCGGAAAUGAUGGCGGGAAUGGCCUGAGUCUGGAUGGGCAUAGGCUUCUCGUAGUGAUGCUUUUUAAGGGCAUUUAAGACCUUCAUGGUUGGUCCACACUGCACCCAGGUCUUUAUGGGUUUGGGACAGCGUUUCCCCUUCAUCGAGAUUCCCUCAAGCUCCAGAGGAUACUCAUUCACCUCCUCUGGUGUCAUUUUGGUUCCAGUUCAGGAACUUCUACAUAGAAACUCUUGUGAUAGGAUUCGUACUGAAUUUUCUGAUGAUCGACAGGCUCCAGAAUUUUCCACUGUUUGGUCUGGAAGCCGGUGAGAGCCAUUUGCAGGUCCAUUUCCUCCCCCUCUGACAUACUCUAUGGCAUCCUGAUCGUUCUCCAUUAAUUCCCCUUUCUUUUUGGUGAUGUAAGGAGUUUUUUUUCAUCUUCACCACCGUCACCACUUUUGUCACAGUCAUGCCUCCUUUUUUGUCUUUUCCUCCCUUCAUGGUGCCCAUGUUGUUGUACUUCAAUUCCUCAUUCACGUCCUCCAAUAAAAGUCCCAGUUUAUUUAUUUAUUUAUUUAUUUAUUUAUUAUUUUAUUUACUUUUGUCUGCUGAGGGUGGGGUUAGCAGCAUGUAACACUGAAUACACACACACACACACACAGAGUGGCCAUAUAUUUAAACCAUAUGUGUCUUCUAACCUGGCCAGUUUGAGUUGAUCACAUGACCAAACUUAAAAACAGCAAAAACCCUCUGUGGGCUGUGAUGAUGUCAUUCCCUUUACCAUAUUCAAAAUUAGAGUUUUUUCUUAAGUUUGUGAAAAAUUAACCAGCACCCAGUUGAAUGUAAUGUCUCUCAUAGGUCCAGGUUUAAAGUAUAGUGUGGUGUAGAAUUUCAGUUUCCUCACAGACAUUUUAAGGUACGUUUUGUAAAUAGUAGUGCGUAAUGUGUUCAUAGAUCAAACUAUUGGUACACAGGGUGGUGAAUUUCACCUUCACCGUCCAAUCAGGAACACAAUCUGACAUAGAGAAAACAUUAUGUACAUGAUUGAGAUCCAGGGUUAGGUAUCAGUGUGUUUAUUUCCAACAAGUAUUAUCUCCUGAACUAGUCAUUCUAUCAAAAUUAAGAUAGACUGUGCUUUAGAAUAAAAUAGUGACUGAAUUAAUCUGUCGGUCCAUUUGAAUUUAGAUGCUCUAAAUGGCUAAAUAAAGUAUAAAGUAUGACAUCACAUUAACUGUAAAUUUUUAGAAAUAUUUGAUGUAUCUUGCCAAUAAUCUAAAUUUGACCUAUGACAUUUUGCACUAGCUGAGUAAAUGCUUGUAACGCUUGUUAUGAUGCCUGCUUAUGGUUUAUCCUAUGAUUGCUUAGGUUUAUAUACACAGUGUAUUUUAGUGACAUGGUUAUGGUUGUUGACCAGAAGAAUACUUCCCACGUAAAGAAAAAUGAUUCACAAAAUAAAAAGCAAAGCCACAUUUGUAGUUGGUAAACAUGCACUUUGUAUUCUGCACAUGGUGCACUUUGAACAGAAUCAAAGGGUAGUGUUGUUUAUGGCAGUUGUAGCACCUAUAAGGCUAUAGGUAUAUAUUAUAGAAAGUUCUAAAUAAGGUUAUGUUAAAGCUGUGUUUCUUUUUAUCAGUAGUGGCCAUUUGUAUUCAUAGUAGGCUGUGAUAGAGCUUACAUUCUACUGGUGCAACUGACUGUGGGACCCAAAGUUCCACUAGCUCCAGGUUGGGCCAAAUCUUGUUUCCCUAAAUUUGCAGUGGAAAAGCACCCAUUGUUAUAUAUUUUGGAAAGUAAUUUCUCAAGUGUUUGUUCAAAGUGUGAAGUUUCAUUUAUUUUCCUUUCUUGGGAUUGACGCCAUAUGAUCAGUGGUGCAACGAGGCCAUGUUAUAGCUCCAUUAAAGCUGACAAAUGAAACAGGAAAUGCUUCUUAUGGCUCCUUAAAGAAGAUCUGUAUACUUCUGUGUAUUGCCUGAAUAGAGUAUAGUGACCUUUGGCAUGGUUUAUUUGCUAGAUUUACCUUGCACAAUACUAUAUCAAAGUAUCGACCAAAAGCCGCUGUGAAGUUCAGAACACUACAUAGCUAGUGCCUUAGUAUCUCAUACAAGAGGAAGGGCAGAAAAAACUUUUUAUCUAAGCAUUAUCUACCAUUUCAGAAGGAUAUUCUUAUGUGAUGGGAUUCCUCUCCAUACUUCAUUUGCUGAGUCUUAAUCAGAGAAAUUGGUUCAUUUGCUGUUAGAUUUGGUUUAGGUUCAUAUUAUACAUAAUGAAACAAACCAAAAGCAACAAGAAAAACUUUAGCUGAGUGGUGUAUAUGUCUGAAAGUUAAUUAUUUAUCAGUAAUCUGGAAUAAAUGUAAACACACGUUUGCCAAGUGUGCAUAAAAAUCAGAAGAAUUACCUGAGCAUGGAGAACACCAUGCUAGUGCUAAAUAAGUCGUUAGAUAAUUAUAUAUAACUAUCUCUUUAAAUUCUCUUUUUGUUUGUUUAUUCAGUCAGGUUGAUUCAGAGUCAAAUGACUUUCUCACUGAAAUAGAACCACACUAGAUCUCACUUGUAACUGGACCGAGACUACGUCCCUCAGAUGCUCUCGGACACGAUUGUUUUGAUCUUACUUUCUUUUCACCUGCCUGAAGAAGCGCACCGUGUGUGAGAACACAACAGGGUUCCAUUCAAACAGACUAAACACUGCAUAUGUGAAUGCACCUUUACCUGUCAGAAAGGGUUUCAAAUAAAACCCAUUUAGGACACUUUGAACGAACCUUUUUCUAACCAUUUUUCAAAGACUGUAAGAGGGAAGUUAAUCUGCUGCUGUAUAAGUGUAUGUUAGAUUCAGUAUUGUAACAAAAAAGGUCUCCGCAAUCCAUUUUCAUAUUUUAUCAUUUGUGUAAACCGUGAUAUACAAUGCUUUUAUCAUGUUCUUAUUGAAUUGUUGACUUUGUUUAUUAUUUGUUUUCACACACUAUUUUUCUGUCACUCCGAUUUUAUGGAAAUCAUGAUCGAAUUUUAUGUACAACAAAAAAAAGGCUUAUUUCUGUAGCCCCAAACAAGACUGAAAAAAUUAUCAGUGACCUAUUGACUAUGAUGAGUGAUUAUCAUGCUGUUGUACAGUGUACCACUAAAACAAAAACACCCACUGUAAAGUAAAAAUUGCACAAUCAUGUCACUGUGGACUGGUGACAGGGUGGAGAGAAUAUGGGCUUUUAUUAAUCCCUAUAGUUUGUUCGAUUUGAUUGUUAGUUUGAUGUUUGUUUACUGUGUGAGAAUGAACUGAUAUCCUGUUGUUUCCCUUUGGCCAUCAACUCCCCUUUAAGAAAUUCUGUCCCAUCAUCCCUGUGUGCAAUUGAGUUCCCUGUGAAUCUAUUAAAUGCAGAUUGCUGCUGAA